AUGGCCUCGAUGCCCGACAUAGAAGAAUGGCUGGAGAACGCCAACGAGGCCCUCGCGGUGAGCCUCGUGUCGCCGUCGUCGUCUGGACUCAGGUCCGUCGCAACAUUCCAUCCCAAGUUCACAUACGCAAUCUUCGGCGACGACGAGAAAAUCUUCGGAUACAAGGAUCUGAAGGUCGGCCUGCGCUUCCGCGCCAACGACAUGCGCCCGCAUCUCCACACUUCGUAUAGCAAGAAGUUGAAGCCUCCCGCUGGCGUUGACGAGCCCACCGAUGUGGCAGCUGUGUUGGCAGAGGGUGGCCAUUUGCCAAAAGUCGCCUUUGUCAAAGGAUCCGAUUUUGAGAACAGCUCGAAGCAGCUUGGCGACAACUGGACGCCUCCCGGAACCCUUCACGCGACCAUCGACGGCACCGACGGCCGCUACGAGAUCUGGAAAGGCAGUCUCGCAGAUCCCGCCAUCAAGCAGCUCAACAGCCGCGUCCAGAUCCUAGUCCCGCUGUUCAUCGAGGGAGGAACCUACAUCGGGCAGAGCGCAGACUCGGACUCGUCCGAACUAGAUCUCUCCGACGCCGACCGCUGGACAGUCUUUUUCCUCUACAAGACGCAAACAUCAUCCGAGGACCCUGAAAAGACGUCGUAUGUCUUUGUCGGCUACGCGACAGUCUAUCGUUUCUUCUACUUCCAGCGCCACACGCCCCCCCCGUCGCCAAAGGAUAGCUGGGAACUGCCACAAGGGAACUAUGAUCUGGCCGAACUUCCCUGCAGAACGAGGCUUUCCCAGUUUGUCAUCCUGCCGCCGUUCCAGGGCAAGGGCAACGGUGCUCGCCUUUACAAGACCAUCUUUGAGUCGUAUCACGCACACCCCCAGACGCAUGAGUUUACGGUCGAGAAUCCAAGCGAGACUUUCGAUGAUCUUCGAGACAUCUGCGACCUGACCUUUCUCCGCACCAUCCCCGAGUUCAACGCCCUCGGCCUGGACACCUCAGUGUCGAUACCUGAAUCCGGUGCCGUGCCGCCUCUGGUCGUUGGCGGCGACGCGCUCGAGCGUAUCAGGCGCAAGGCCAAGAUAGCCCCGCGGCAAUUCGCACGCGUCGUCGAGAUGCACCUCAUGUCCAAGCUGCCGGCCUCGGUGCGGCCCACGUUGGACCUCGACGCCCUUGUUCCGGCGCCGACAAAGGCCGACAAACACCAGGAGAGGAUAUGGCAGCUGAUUGUCAAGCAACGACUGUACCGACACAACAGGGACGUGCUCUCGCAGAUCGAGCCCUCUGAGCGUAUCGAAAAGCUACGCGAGACUCUUACCAGCGUGGAGCUGGAGUACGCUCGGCUGCUGGCGGCCCAUGACCGUGCUGCGAAGCACUCGACAGCGCUGCCGCAACCUCAGGCCAACGGGAAACGGAAGUUGGACGAAACGGGGGGUGAGCCUCCCAGCAAAAAAGGGAGGACCGAGAGUGCGUAA